CCAUCGCGAGCGCUCCUCCUGCCACUCCUCUUCUCAUCCUUCCUCGACCUCCUCCGCUCCUUCUCUCUAUCCAUGCAUCCUCUCUCCUUCUUCCUACCACUACUGCUGCUACCGCCGCUACUCCCCUCUCUCCUCCUAGAACCGCUCCACUCCUUCCGUCGCCGGUGCCGAUGCCGCCGAGAGGAUUCGUCCAAGGCAUCGGAAUCCGACAGGGACGACGACAGCGAUUCCGACUCCGUGUCCGAACGCCGUGACGACCAGCAAGCUGGUCAUAGUGGCCGCCACUGCCUAUCGUCUUGCUUGAGGAAGAUGACAAGUCCGGUGGCGGCGCUUGGAGCGAGUCUAUUACGUAAGGAGGAGGAGAGUCGGUGAAGGUGGUGGCGGUUGGAGAAAAGAGAAGUAGAGAGAGAAGAGGGAGAGAGAGGGUCGCGGGCAGGGGCAAAAGACGUCGUGGACAGCUGCUCGGACAAACGAGACAACGACCUGGUCGUCGUUAAGGGAAAUUUUCUCGUAAAAAGAGAAGUAAGAAGAGAGAAAGAGAGGUGUGGGCAGAAACGGAGGGGAGGAGAGAGAGUAAAGGGGAGAGAGACGAAGCGUUAAUGGAGAAGUGGGCGCUGACAGGUGGGCUCAAAUUUACCACUUGUCGAUUUUUGUAUGGCAAUACAUUUCGCCUACGUGUAAAACCUACCCAAUAUUUUCUGAAAGAGUGGGGGCAGAAAUUUUGUUGGUUCAAGUGACAGGUAGGCCCAAAUUUACUACGAUCAGUGUAUGGUUUAAUGUAUCAUCGUACCUGUCAUAUUAAAAACACACCCAAUAUUCUCCGGCCAUGGAGAACAAGACAAUCGAGACCACACCACUCGCGCAAGUCAAGGAAUUCCCUCAUUCGUCAGCCAAGAAGUAAUAAUUUCAGGCACGUCCCUAUUUAUAUUGGACAGUCUCCACCUCAGUCUCCUCGUUAAUCCUCUCCACAUCCACAUACCGCAUAUCUUCUGUCGAGUGCUAUCUCAGAAUCAUUUCCAUGUCCAAAGAAUUUGUUCAAGCCUCGUCCAUGGCACCUCCACAUUUCCUCCUCGUGACCUUCCCCAGUCAGGGCCACAUAAACCCUUCCCUCCAAUUCGCCAAGCGUCUCGUUCGUGUCGGCGCUCACGUGACCUUUGCCACUGCCAUUCAUGCCCACCACCGCAUGGCCGAAUCGAAAUCUCCCCCUGUGGGGCUAUCCUUCGCCAGCUUCUCCGAUGGCUAUGACGACGGUAUCGACAAGGAUGAUCUCGAUGGAUACAUGGACGAGCUCAAGCGACAAGGAUCAGAGACUUUAAGCAACCUCAUCGCCUCAAACCUUGAGAACGGUCGGCGAUUCUUGGGUGUAUUCUACACCACCCUCCUUCCGUGGGUUGCCGACGUCGCUCGUUCUCAUGGCAUUCCUUCGACACUUGUUUGGAUUCAACCGGCCACUGUUUUGGACUUCUACUAUUAUUACUUCCAUGGCUACGGCGAUCUUAUUCAAAGCACGAGCGACAAUCCUUCAGUGCCGAUCCAAUUGCCUGGGUUGCCGCCUCUCAUGGCCUGCGACAUACCCUCAUUUUGCAAUAGUAAAAAUGUGUACAACUUCAGCCUCCCGUUUUUGCAACGGCAUUUCGAGAUACUCCUUGAAGAGGCCAAGCCAAGGAUUCUGACGAACACCUUCGAUGCGUUGGAACCGGAUGCCAUACGGGCUAUCGAUAAGUUUGAGGUGAUUGGGAUCGGGCCGCUGAUACCGUCCGCGUUUUUGGACGGGCAAGAUCCAUCAGACACUUCCUUCGGAGGUGAUCUCUUCAAGAGCUCGAGCGGCUACAUGGAGUGGCUGGACACGAAGCCAAAAGCGUCGGUGAUCUACCUGUCGUUUGGGAGCAUCUCCGUGCUAUCAAAGCCGCAGAAGGAGGAAAUGGCAAGGGCGCUCGUAGAGGUCGGCCGGCCGUUCUUGUGGGUCAUUCGGGAAAGCGGGAAAGAAGAGAGAGACGAAGAUAGAUUGAGCUUCCAAGAAGAACUAGAUAAGCUAGGGAUGAUAGUGCUGUGGUGCUCGCAAGUGGAGGUCCUAUCGCACCCUUCAGUGGGGUGCUUCGUGACGCACUGCGGGUGGAACUCCACGUCAGAGAGCUUGGUCUGCGGGGUGCCCAUGGUGGCGUUCCCGCAGUGGAGCGAUCAGCUAACGAACGCGAAGCUCGUGGCGGACGUGUGGAGGACCGGGGUGAAGAUGACGCCCAACGAGCUAGGCCUGGUGGAGAGCGGCGAGAUGAAGAGGGGCUUGGAGCUGGUGGUGGGAGAUGGAGAGGAGGGGGAGGAGAUGAGAAGGAAUGCCCGGAAAUUUAGGGAUCUAGCGAGGGAGGCUGUGAAGGAAGGCGGAUCUUCGGACAAGAACCUCAGGGCCUUCGUGGACGAGGCCAGAGAAGCGGCUGAGUGAGUGAAUCGCCUGUGGUGUCACUGUC